UCUCGCGGAGUGGCAGCCACACAGGGAAUGAUGGAUUAUCAACAAAGGCCAGAAGCCCAGGGCUCUCUGGAAACCUGCCAUGUGACAUUUGGCUGCCAGCGCUCCGUCAGAAGGUCAAAGGGGGCCCCGGUGCACAUUUCAUGGAAAUGCAGAAAAGCAACGCUGCACACAUCAGCAUCCAGCAACACGAUUACUUCAGCCAUGAUGUCAGCCGGUUUGGGUGCAGCCAACAACAACAACAACAACAACAAGCGGCUGCGCACCAACGCCAAGAACUGGCGCAAGUGGAGACGUUUGAGCGCACGUUCCCCCGGAGGUCAAACCAAAAGUCUCCAAUGAGUAAAAAGAUUUUCCCCUGGAUGAAAGAGUCCAGACACUCAGAUCAGAAACACGGCAGGAGAAUCGCAGACUGCACCGAGAAGUCUCCAAGCUCGACCCCGGCCUCCAAGAGGACGCGCACCGCGUACACGAGUGCGCAACUGGUGGAGCUGGAGAAGGAGUUUCACUUCAGCCGCUACCUGUGCAGGCCGAGGCGGGUGGAGAUGGCCAGACUGCUCAACCUCCAGGAGAGGCAGAUUAAGAUUUGGUUCCAGAACCGGAGGAUGAAGCAGAAAAAGGACGAGAGAGUGCAAGGCCUCAACACCACCACCACCAACACCACCUCCUCCUCCUCACCCCCGUCCUCUCCCUCCGCCCCGGGCAGCCCCACUCUCUCCAGCCUGGGUUAUGUCCAUCUGGGCGGGGAUUACCAGCCGGCCUCCCCCUCGCUCAAGUCCCAACAACACCAGCCGGCCUUGUACCCGGCAGAAUACUCAAAAUAUCCAGCUCCAGGCUUCGCGCACGGCCCGCAGUUUAACGCGCAGUACACCACAGACCCAAACGUGGACGUUACCGGCUCAUAUUUCCAACAAAGCUGCAGUCAGGACAGAAUCAUGCAAGCUCCAAAACUGACUCAUCUGUAGCGACAACACGAGAAAA